UCAUGAAGAUUUUAAACUCAAUAUUUUAAAGUAUAGUUUUAUCUUAUACUUAGAUAGAACUAUAGAACUAGUUAUUUGUUCUAUAUCGAUAUUAAGAAUCCUGCUAUGAGUUUAGACAAAGAGCAUCAACAGAACUACAAAAAGUUAUCAAGUUAAAUAUUCUUAGAGUUGCAACAUAACCAUUUAUUUUGAGAAAAGGUUCAUAAGAUUUUUAGCAAUGAUGGUGCGGAUGAUACGAGUACAUUUGUAUAUAUUGUAACCUUUGUCAGUUAUUGUCACUUGCAACGUAUAUGACGGCCAGUUUUUAUGGGUGUUAUGUAUAAGGCGUCAAGACUUGUUUCGUAUGAAGAUAGCUGGUGAUGUCAUAAUUGAAGCCGAAGAGAGAGGUGGUACAAAGCAGGCAAAGACUGGAAAUUGCAGGAGGUAAAUUAUCAUCAUUUUGUGCGUCAAAAUAAACCCUUUAAGGGCAUGCCUUGUGGCAUGUCGGGGAUCCGAUAACGAAAUAUUGCCUUUUGUACCUUAACGGCCGAAUAGACCCUCAUCAAACAUAGACUGCAUACAUUCAUAUUGACUCUUGUCGAGGAAUACCAGUACAACCAUGUACUAAGAGUGGCCACAUUUGUUAUUUAUAAUCAGCCUAUACUCAUCAUAACGGCCAAAUUAAGAGCACCACGUUGUUGUUUUUAAUGUUGUCGAUUUAACUGUUAAAAUUCAUACAAAGUCAUUAUAAUGUAACGGUUAGAUACAUUCGUAACAUGUUCGGAUAAUUUUCUGGCAAAAUAGUACGUCUUAGAUAUCUGCUUUAACGUCUCAGAUUUCACAUUCAAAAACAAAUUUAUCAAGACCAUUUUUUGUUAAUAAAUUGGCAAACGUUAAAAAAAGACAACGCUGUAUGCACUAUCAAUAACUCACCCGUAUUUAUGUAUUACAGACAUUGCCUACAAUAUAUCGAUAUCCUCUAUUGAUCAUCAUUUAAAAUAAAUUGUACAAGCCACAGUUUACCUGCGUGUUAGGUGACAUGUUUAAACUUAAACGGAAUGUAUUCAAUAUAGUCUUUAUCAUAUAAUAAGUUUAAUCAAAAGUUAUGUAAACACGUUAUCUUAUAGUUUAAACACGUUGAGCGAAAAGUGAGUUCAAGUACAUUUUUCCACUUAACACUACUUCCGCUUUUGGCAAUGCUUUAUUACUUUACAAAACAUGUACUAGUAGUGUUAGUUCAUAUGCUAAAACAAUAUAUUUGUUCCUGUGGAUAAAUAGGUGACAAAAAGCUCAAUGUGAAUUUUUUAUAUAUCAUUUUUAGAGAGAUUGUUAUAAAAAAACUUAAACUUAAAGAGAAAGUAUUAUUCACUGUCGACAAUAUGAUGGAUUUAGAGCAUCAUUUUAAUGCGAUGGACACUGUGGAUUGUUGGGAAGACAUAAAGCAGAAACUUGACGAUGAACUGAAACCUGAUGAACUGGAAAGGGUUAUAUUUCUCAUUGACCCUACAAUAAAAUCAUACUGGGAGAGGAAUGGUGAUAUCCGUAGCGCAAGAGACCUCAUUAAUGCAUUAGAAAAUUGUAUGUUAUUCGAAGACAUAUUGUCAACUCUCGAACAUAUUUUUGGAUAUACAAAUCAGCAUACAUAUGAAGGCCAAAGUUUAAGAAAAAUGAUAAGUGACUACAGUCAUAACAGAAGAAGGUUAGGCUGUUCAAAUAUCAUUGGACGAGAAACAGAAAUAACUCAAGCAAUUGACGCGUUGACCAAUACAAAGAACAAAGGUAUUUGGAUCUAUGGAAUGGGUGGACUUGGAAAGACUUUACUUGCAAACGAAAUAUCUGAAAAACUUUUUUCUCGCAAUACUACAAUAUUAAAGUUUGAUUUAAAACAGGUGACAAACUUUGAUGAUUUCAUCAAACGUAUGCUUGCAAAGUUUGAAGUCUAUACAACAAGCGGUGAUACUAUGGCUUUGACGAGUACACUAAUGUUUCAGCUUAAGAGAAUUACAUGUGAUACAUGUAUAGUACUUGAUAACAUCGAGGAUAUGUAUGAAUGUGAAGGUGGUGAAGUAAAUAAAUUUGUGGAAAGAUGUUUCGAUAGUCCAGCAUACAUGCCGAUUAAAUGGAUGAUAACUUCCAAAAUAAAAUUUGAUAAAGACAUGCAUGGGUUAGUGCAAUUGGAACUGCAGCCUCUUAGUAAAAGCAGCGCAGAACAUCUAUUGAAUCUUUCAAUACGCCCUAUUGAAUUAGAACAUGAAAAGCGCCAGUGUAUUCUAGUAAUGACCGGAAGAAACCCGCUUGCAAUUCGGCUUAUAUCAUCUGCUGUGAAAUCUUACAAAUCUAAUGAUGACUUGUCAUUUCUGAAUACAAACCUGCAAAACGGCAUGAAAGAAUGUAUUGAAUAUGCAUACCGGUCUCUUACAGAAGCCGAUAGAGUCCAUCUGAAUUCAUUAUCAGUAGUUGAAACUUCUCAAUUCGACUUAGAAAUAGUUAAAGCUGUUUUAGAAAAAAAUGAUCAAGAGGCUUUACUGAUAAUGAUGAAACUGAUAAAUCAUCAGGUUGUUCAAAGAAUAUGCUACAGACAAUACUGCUUCCACCCUUUAAUUCUUGAGUAUGUUAGGACACGCCUAGUCUCAUGA